UGGGAUACACUCAUCGGUAGAUUUGAAGAAAGUCCGUUAUAAAAUACCUUGCAUUCCAUUUGAAAAUUUUAAAAAAGUGCCUUAGGGUUAACAUUUUUUAUAAGCCUUUUUUUCUUGGAAAAGCGAAAUUAUGAACAGUAAUAAAAAAGUGUUAGAAUCAAAAGAUGAAGAAAUUAAUAUCAAAGUUAUUGAGCAGGUAUUACUAACACCACUCACCUGUGCUUCCCUGGUGAAUGAAGUCUUAAAAUGUCUGUUGUAUCAAAAAUCCCAGAUUCCAUAUCCUUACAAUUGGAUGAAGAACGUCGUUAAAAAAAAACGCUCUAAUCCCGAUGUGAAAAAUACAAAUUUACAGGCAGAACGUCAUUAUCACAGUGUUUGUUCCGCAUACGAUUCUUUAGAGAAGAUAAUGGACAGUAUUGCUGCACAAUUUAAAGAUGACGGUAGUAAUAUUAAAAAAAUACUAAUCAUCUUCGGAUCGACACCGUAUUCGGCGAAAGAAGUGUACACAAUCAAUAUUUCAGGUGUAGUGAUUGGUCAUGUCGAAAAAAAUCACUUAAAUGCGAACAGCAAGCAUCAGUACAAAAUUUUAAGGGAUAUAUUUUUUUCGGACGAAUGGAUCAACACCAUGGAUUUGCCCAUGGUUCCUACAAAUACCUAUGUGAUAAUUGAGAAAGUGGCUGCAACAGUAGUGGAUGAGUUAUCGUUUCAGUCUGUUAGCGAGUAUGUGAAACUACCGUCAGUGAAAAAUGUGUAUAUUAAUUUAAAUUACCACUAUGACGGCAAUCAUAACUGUUGUAAUGAUUUAUUGAUUUUUCAAGAUUUAAAUAAAGAUUGUGCUAUUAGUAAUUCGUUGAAGUGUACUGAAAGCAAUGAAAUAAAUAACUCAAGUGAAAGGGACACAGAUCAAGUGCUAUGGAUACAAAAUAAAACGUUUGUAAGAGGUUUUAAAGAAUGUUUUAUUAAUGGAAUUUCAGCAACAGAAUUAUGGUAGUUCAUAUAUGGUAAUUAACUUACUCUAGCUGUAAUAAUUUCAUUAAGUACUACUUUUUAAUUGUACAUUAUUUUAUUUGUGAUUUUUAUUGUAUGUGGACUAAGUAGAUCCUAAUAAGUUUUAUGCUCGGUUUUAUGUAGAUCUUAAAAAUACUUGGGUACGAUAAUAUA